AUGACUCGAGAGUUCUUCAACUGGAAGAGUUGUGGGGAGGAAUUGGUGUGGGAAGAGGCGGAAGAGCUACUAGAGGUUGUUGAACACAGCUACCCAACCACAUUUCAAAAGGUCCAAAUUCGGGUGAAACCAAUUCGGUCAGCCAUUUUGGAAGAUUUUCAUGCCACCAUCAAAAGAUUUAUGGGAGCAUCUGUGGAUGCACUAACGAGGGAGCAGAUAGCAAGCCUUCCGGAAGAUCUUGAAGAAUUGGAGGAGUUUAAAUUCGAUCUCUCAUGGGGAAACAAGAGGUUAGACAUGGUUGAUAAACUCAAGUUUGGAAACGAUCCGUUGCAUAAAGAGUUUAUGCCCUUAGAAGAAUCUUUAGAGCCUUUGAAGGCAACAGUUGAUAUGCAAUGA